UUAAACCUGUAAGUGAAAGUAUAAAUCACGAUCAUCAUCUAGUAAACCAGGAUACAAUUGAUUGACAAGUGUAAUGGCUUCUUGCAUUUUUCCUGAUUGUACAGCUUCAAUAACUUUAAUGCGGUUACCCAAUGUGUUUAACUUGAGUGGAGAACUAAUGCCUGCUUCUUGUUCAAAUUUUUCAGCUGCUUCUUUAAAUCCUUCUAAAAUAUGUACAAUGCACAUACGUUAAUGAAAUAAUUAAGUUACCAUAUACCUAUCAAUUGCAUAUAUUUCUACCAGAAACUAAAUAGUUCAUAAUUAGUUUAUUCAUAUCUUUUCGGUUGACUUUCAUAUUUUCGAUACGACUCAGCCAAUCUAACUUUGUAAUGUUUGACUGUGUUGGUGGUGAAUAGCUCAUGAUAGGUCUAACAAAAUUCCAAUGUACCUAUGUUAAAUUCAAUAAAUGCCACCAAGGAAAAUCGAAUAACUUAACUAUUAGCUGCUAACAAUUACAAUAAAAUAAUUACAAUAUCACUAGAACUAUAGUGUUAAUUGCCAAAGGUUGUGAUACGAACAAAUGAAGGAUAUGGUCAUAUGGAAACAUAGUGGUAACAACAAAUCAAUGCUAUCAUAAUCAUAAUCUGACUGUGAUAGUGACAUAGUGUGAUCAUUACUAAUCAUUAACUAAGGAGUCUUUAGUCCGAGGAAAACCGACCAACAGAGAAAGUGAUGUUUAUUAACAAUAAUACUUUUUCUGUAGGUCCAUAUAUAAUUCCCCAUGGGUUAAACUUGUAGAACAUUAAAAUGGACAAAUUAACUGUUAUAUCAGGAACAUUGUUCUUGUUGGCAGAUGUUUUUGCAAUCAUCAGUUUGGCCAUGCCAGACUGGAUCAUUACAGAUGUAGGAGGUAAUUAUUAAAAAUAAGCCUUAAUGGCUUUUAAUUUUACAACCUUAUUAGAUCAGUAAAUUAGAUAUUUUUUUAGUUGAAAUCUGACUUUUGUAGUUAAACAGUUUUUUUUCUUCAAAAUAUUGAAAACCACACUUUUAUUUUCACUUUCCUUCCUUUAUCUUGUUAACAUUCUCCAGUCAAAUAUAAACGUUAAUGAAAUAACAGUGAUGGAAAUGUACCAGACUAAUAUUCUAAAUAUUCUGAGCCUUUUCCAAAGGUAUUAACAGAACGUUGUCUAGUAUAGGUUUUAAACCAGAUUAUGAACUAAUAUCAAGGACAUUGUUGAAAAGUGCUGACACACUAAAUGUUCAAAUAAUUUGAAAUUGUAUUGAUAUCAAAUAAACAACUUACUUUAAUUUAUUUAUUUACCGAUUUAACAAAAAUAUAAAAUUGUGCAGUUGUAAUUUGGGCAAAACGAUUAAAUUCCAAAAGCCAGAGUUCAACCAUUCAUUCUUACAAUCAAAUACAUAACAUAAUAAAACAAUCCUCAUGGGUACAUAGGUGAUACCAGAUUGGGUUUGAUGUGGACCUGUAUGACUCUUUACAAUAGGCCUCAAGUAUGCUUUACUCCUGAUCUAAGACUUGAAUGGUUAUUAGCUUUAGUAAGUAUUUUUAUUGGUUGCAUAUGUAUUACUACUACCAUCAUUUUGCUGGCUUCCUCACAUUGGGAUCGCAAUGUCAUUCCAUAUGCUCGUUGGGUGGGAUUUACUGCAAGUAAGAUAGAUUGAAUUUUUCCAAAUUUGAUUUAAUUUUUAACUAUUAAUUAUAUAUUUUUCAGUGGUAUUAUUUUGUUUUGCUGCUGUUGUAUUUCCAAUGGGUUUUCACAUACCAGAAAUUGGUGGUCAACCAUAUCAACUUCCCAAUAGUCAUCAAGUGGGUAUUUCAUAUAUUUUAUUUGUAUUGUCCCUCUGGGUGACAGUAAUAUCAGAAUUAUUUGCUGGAAAAGUGUGUUUACCUCAUUUUUAAAUUGUUAGCACAUUAUUUCAACAUAGAUUUUUAGUGACAUACUGUUUGAUCUCGAUUUUAUAAAAUAAAUUAUAUUGUAUGACAAAAAAAAAAAUUAGAACUUUUUGAUUCUUUUGUUAGAUAAUAACAAUAAUAUUUUAAUAAUUCUCCAAAAGCAAUAUUAACAAGGUGUAUACAAAGUUAUAACUAUUUUUGAAUCGCUUCCAUAGACAAAAGCUAUGCUGGAGGUGAAAUCAUCAAAACAUAAUGGUUUCAUGUGAAAAACAUGCAUUUUCUUAAUUAUAAUAAUCACAUUACAUAAUAAUUAUUAAAUGUGUAAUGAAGUAUACCAAUUGAUUUAAUUGAUAUCUAAAAAUGAAAAAUGUUUUAUAUACAGACAAAAAUGGUUGUACAUAAUUUACACUGAUUGGAAUAAAUGAUAAUUAUGUAACUGUUCAUUUUGGUUUGUAUAGAUUAAUAUCUAAAAGAAGAGUUUUUAAUUAAUUCUGUUUAACUAAGAAUGAAUUAACUAAUAAAAUGGGAGUAUCUAUAUUUUUAGUUUUACAAAUUAUUUAAUAUUAAUAGAGUAUUUAAUGUUUUUUUUUAAAAUUUUAUAUGUAACAAAAUUAAAGAGUUUAAACUUAUAAUAAUCAAAUAUUUAUUAAAAAUAAUUAUUGUUCAUAAAAGAAAACAAAAUUAUAUGGAAAAUAUAUAAUUCAUUUUAAAGUUUUUUAAAAUAAAAAAUAAUUGUUUGUGUUAAAUAUGAAAUGAUAAUCUUAUGCAUUUAAACCAUUUAUGGAACAUUUUUGGGAAAAAUAUAAAAAAAAUAAUUACAAAUUUCAUAAAUAUUAUAAUUAAAUGUCAAAAAUAUUUGUUUAAAUAUUAUAAUACAUACUAAUUAAAUAUUUAAGAAUUAUAAUAAAGUAAAAUUUAUAAGAUUUGUAUCAUUUUUAAUCCCAAUAUUUGAUUAGUCCAUCCCAACCAGCAGUUGCUACUUUACUAGGUUCAUGUGGGUGCCAGAGUGCAGCAAUGCACACAUUAUCGUGCGCUUUCCAUUUUGUAUAUAAUCGACUGGUUUUCCAAUCCCAAAUAAAUACUUUUCCAUCUGCGUCUCCUGAAAUAAGAUAACUA